AACCAUUACUCCCCCAAGCCUUGUAAUUUAUUUGGUAUAUACGUCCAAUUCAUAAAAGAAGAAUGUUAGGGGCAGCAAUUUUUUUAAUUUGUAGCUAUUAAAUAGUCAUUAAUGAUAAUUUUAAUGGUGUGAAAUUAGUAUGAGAUUUUAUCUAAUGACUCACUUUUUUCUGUUAAUUAUAUAUUGACCAAAAUUUAACAAAGUUGCUGGCAUCUAGACUUUUCCUUCCUACAAUUGAUAAAAGAAAAAUCAAAAGAACCCAAGUAAAACGGGACUGGAGUCUGGAGACCUUUCAUUAGUAUGGGGGGUGUUGGAAACAGAGGACUAUUUCCGCAGAGUUAGCAAACUCCCUCAAACUUAGACAACAGCGAAAGUGCGAAACACUAAAAUGUUGUCAUCCUCAACCUCAAGGAUCACUUUCAUUUCUAGUUGAUGAAGCUGUUGAUUCCUUCACUCGCAUGCUCUCUAUGCGUCGCCCUCCAUCCAUCAUCCAAUUCACCAAGAUUUUGGGAUCUCUUGCCAAGACCAACCAUUUCUCCACCGCCAUUUCCCUUUUUCAGCAAUUGCAAGCCAGGGGAAUCGCUCCCGACUUAUUUAUUUUGAGCAUCGUAAUUAAUUGUUGUUGCGGCAUGGGUCGUAUGACGCUUGCUUUCUCUGUAUUGGCCAAGAUUUUCAGAAUGGAUUAUCAACCUGAUACGGUAACAUUGAAUACACUCGUUAAAGGCCUCUUUCUCUGUGGUAGUGUUGAAAAAGCAGUGCGCUUUCAUGAUAGAGUGCUGGCUCAUGGAUUUCACUUUAAUCAAGUCACUUAUGGGACCUUGAUCAAUGGCCUCUGUAAAACCGGACACACAUCAGCUGCUAUUCAAAUGUUGAGAAAGAUCCCACGGUAUGGCAUUGCUCCUAAUGUCUUCAUGUACAGCGCAAUUAUUGAUACCCUCUGCAAGGAUACACUUGUAAGUCAGGCUUUUCAUUUAUUCUCUGAAAUGCUUGCUAAGCGAAUUUCUCCCAAUGUUAUCACAUACAGUUCUCUCAUUUUUGGAUUGUGUCUUGAGGGUCAAUAUAAGGAAGCCAUUGAUUUGUUAAGUGAUAUGGUGCUUAGAAACAUUACUCCUAAUGUUUAUACCUAUAAUACUUUGAUUGAUGGGCUAUGCAAGGAAGGAAAGAUCAAAGAUGCUAAGAGUGUAUUGGCUGUAAUGGCAAAACAUGGUGUGAAACCAGAUGUGGUUACUUAUAACAGCUUAAUGGAUGGAUAUUGUUUGGUUAAUCAGGUAAAUAGGGCAAAAUAUAUAUUCAACACAAUGGCCCAAAUUAGUGUGUUACCCAAUGUUCAAAGUUACAGUAUCAUGAUUAAUGGCUUCUGCAAAAGUAAAAUGGUCGAUGAAGCCUUGAAUCUCUUUGAAGAAAUGCAUCGCAAGAACUUGGUUCCAAACACGGUAACUUACAGCACUCUUAUUGAUGGCUUGAGCAAAUCAAAGAGAAUCUCCCGUGCUUUGGAGCUUCUUAUCGAGAUGCAUCAUAGAGGUCAACCCGCUAAUGUAGUUUUAUUGAAUUGAUAAAAGAAGGUAAGAUACAUCAACUCAAAUUGAAAUUACAUCUCAUUGUUGCUGAAUAUGUAUCAUAGUUUUGUAAAUUCUGUGUCUGUUGGGUCAGAGGACUUUGGCAAUGCCAUGACACAAUAUAAUUUUGCACUUUCGAUUUUUGCAAUUGCUAUGAUCCUUUUUAAUUCCACUA